GUAUGGAUGAUAUUGAUUGAACUGUUUUCCAAGUGUCACCGCACAUCUACAUCCAUCUCUCAGCUUGUGUUUGUUUCUCCUCGUUUUUUAGAAGAUGAUAAUUUGUUAACAAAAAUAAACACAACCUAAUUAUACCCGAUUGAAUUCAUCCUAUCCCUUUUUUUCUUCUUUUUGCAGAAUCCAGCCUGAAUGUGAACUAAUUUUGGAUGAAAAAAAGAAUUCGAUUGAGGAUCAAUGCGACGAAGACAAAGUACUUGCCUGCUGGAGGCCCUAACCGUGAUAGAGCCCGACUCGGGAGCAGAGUAUCACUUGACGGCGACGAUCUCGAGAUGGUAGAGGAGUUCUGCUACCUUGGUACGAUCGUAACUUCGGACAACAACAUGAGCAGCCAAAUCCGAAGGCGCAUUGUUCAGGGAAAUUUUGCCUACUACGGGCUUCACAAACUCCUGCGAUCCAGAAGGCUCCAGCAACACACGAAAUGCACGAUAUAUCGGACACUGAUACGUCCGGUAGUCCUCUACGGGUACGAAUUCUGGACUCUGCUAACGGAGGAUGCCACGGUGGACUAUCUCUGGUGGUGUAUCUGAGCAGGGCGUGUGGAGAAGGAGAGCUACCUAAGCAGAUAUCCUGACAGUGGUCAAAGCAGGAAGGAUACGAUGGCUGGGGCACGUGAUGAGGAUGCCGGACUCAUGCCCCACCAGGAAGGUGCUCGUCAGCGAUCCGUUCGGCACGAGGCGUAGAGGAGCACAGCGAGCUCGUUGGACAGGAUCAGGUGGAGUUGAACCUGUCGGAGAUCGGAAGCAGCCGUGGAUGGAGGACUGCAGCACUGGACCGAGUUACCUGGAAACGGAUUGGCGACCAGGCCAUGCCUACGCGAUGUGCUCGACCGUGAGCAGGCCAGAAAAGAAGAUUCUGUUAUUUAUUCAAAGCAUUAUUGAGCGAAAAGAAGGGCGCGGAAAAGUAAAAAUGAAAUAUUUCAAUUCCGUUUUUUGGUUAUAACUUUAGUACUAAUGAUCGGACUACUCUGCUAAAAAUACGCAACGACGCAGAAUCGAAUUCUACACAAGUCAUUCGAACAUUGUUGAUGUCUAUCUCGUCAGAUUUUCAAGUAAUUCGCAAAGAAAGGAAUUUUUGAAAUAUUUCAAUUCCGGUUUUUGUUUAUUACUUUAGUACUAAUGAUCGGACAGGUAUGUCAAACACAUGCAACGACGCAGAAUCGAAUUCUGAACAAAUCAUCCGAACAUUGUUGAUGUCUAUCUCUUCACGUUUUCAAGUAAUUCGCAAAGAAAAAAAAAUUUGAAAUAUUUCACUUCGGUUUAUUGGUCAUAACUUUAGUACGAAUGAUCGGACAAUUAUGUAAAACACAUACAAAGAUGCAAAAUCGAAUUCUACACAAAUCAUGUGAACAUUGUUGAUGUCUAUCGCUUCAGGAUUUCAAGUAAUUCGCAAAGAAAGAAAAUUUUGAAAUAUUUCACUUCGGUUUUUUGGUAAUAACUUUAGUACUAAUGAUCGGACAAUUAUGUAAAACACAUACAAAGAUGCAAAAUUAAAUUCUACACGAAUCAUGUGAACAUUGUUGAUGUCUAUCUCCUCAGGAUUUCAAGUAAUUCGCAAAUAAAGAAAAUUUUGAAAUAUUUCACUAAGGUUUUUUGUUAAUAACUUUAGUACUGAUGAUCCGAAAAGUAUACAAAAAAUAUGCAAAGAUGCAGAAUCAAAUUCUGUACAAAUCUUGUGAACAUUGUUGAUGUCUAUCUCCUCAUGAUUUCAAGUAAUUCGCAAAAAACCAAAAUUUUGAAAUAUUUCAUGAAAUAUUUCAAAAAAGUCAAAAGUGUCAGAGAAAAAAUGAAACUUUUCAUGAAAUAUUUCAAAGAUGAAAAGUUUCACAGAAAAAAUGAAAAAUUUCAUGAAAUAUUUCAUGAAAAAAUUCAUGAAAUAUUUCAUCAAUUUUCGUGCCAACUGAUUAAUGAGGAGUCAAGGAGUCUAAAACAGUUGAAGUUGGGGGUCUAGGGGGCCUCAAACAGGUGCAGGAGAGGGUGCGACGGUGAAAAACCAAAAAAAAAAAAUGCAAAAAAAAAUUGGGCCCACGAACCGAAGAAAAUGUGAAAAAUCAAAGUGAAAAAAUACGCUCCAAAAUAUGAAAAUUUGGUACCAUCGAUUAGAAAAAAGCAAAGAAAAAAUUGGGCCCACGAACCGAAGAAAAUCUGAAAAUCCGAAGUGUAAAAAUACGUUUUGGUUUUUGAAGUGCUACCUCCUCGCCUGGUAUGCUCUCCUGUUACUUGGUUGCUGCAGCUGGUACUUUUUCGAUACUUUUGGAUACUUUUGGAUUUCGAAAACUACCAGGCGAAAUGGCUUGAAGUAACAGG